UGCGCGCUCACACUCCCAGCCCAGAGCUGCGGUGGCCGCGCAGGUCCUACCCGCGUCGCAGCGGCCGGAGAUGCAGCCGGGCGCCGCGCUGUGCCUGCGCCUGUGGCUCUGCCUGGGACUCCUCGACGGCCUGGCAAGUGGUUACUCCAUGACCCCCCCAACCCUGAACAUUACGGAGGAGGCAUACAUCAUCGACACCAGUGAGAGCCUAUCCAUCUCCUGCAGGGGGCAACACCCCCUUGAGUGGGCCUGGCCAGGAGCUCAGGAGACACCAGCCACAGGGGAGAAGGACAGCGAGGACACAGGGGUUGUGCGAGACUGCGAGGGCACAGACGCCAAGCCCUACUGCAAGGUGCUGCUGCUGGGUGAGGCCCACGCCAACAACACAGGCAGCUACCUCUGCUACUAUAAGUACAUCAAGGCCCGCAUCGAGGGCACCACAGCUGCCAGCACCUACGUGUUCGUAAGAGACUUUGAGCAGCCGUUCAUCAACCAACCCGACACUCUCCUGGUCAACAGGAAGGACUCCAUGUGGGUGCCCUGCUUGGUGUCCAUCCCUGGCCUCAACGUCACAUUGCGAUCGCAAAGCUCCGUGCUGCAGCCUGAUGGGCAGGAAGUGGUGUGGGACGACCGCCGGGGCAUGCGGGUGCCCACGUCACUGCUGCGUGAUGCUCUAUACCUGCAGUGUGAGACCACCUGGGGCGGCCAGAACUUCCUUUCCAAUCUCUUCCUUGUGCACAUCACAGGCAAUGAACUCUAUGACAUCCAGCUGUUCCCCAAGAAGUCACUGGAGCUGCUGGUCGGGGAGAAGCUGGUCCUGAACUGCACAGUGUGGGCUGAAUUCAACUCAGGGGUCACCUUCGACUGGGACUAUCCAGGGAAGCAGGCAGAGCGGGGUAAGUGGGUACCUGAGCGGCGCUCCCAGCAGACUCACACAGAACUCUCCAGCAUCCUGACCAUCUACAACGUCAGCCAGCACGACCUGGGCACAUAUGUUUGCGAGGUCAACAAUGGCAUCCAGAAAUUCCGGGAGAGCACUGAAGUCAUUGUGCACGAAAAGCCCUUCAUCAGUGUCGAGUGGCUCAAAGGACCUGUCCUGGAGGCCACUGCAGGUGACGAGUUGGUGAAGCUGCCUGUGAAGCUGGCAGCAUAUCCCCCGCCGGAGUUCCAAUGGUACAAGGACAAAAAGGCAGUGACUGGGCGCCACAGUCCACAUGCUCUGGUGCUCAAAGAAGUGACCGAAGCAAGUGCAGGCAUCUACACACUUGCCCUGUGGAACUCAGCAGCCGGCCUGAGGUGCAACAUCAGCCUGGAGCUGGUGGUGAAUGUACCCCCACACAUCCAUGAGAAGGAAGCCUCCUCCCCCAGCAUCUACUCCCGCCACAGUCGCCAGGCCCUCACCUGCACAGCCUAUGGGGUGCCCCCACCUCUCAGCAUCCAGUGGCACUGGCGGCCCUGGACACCCUGCAAGACAUUUGCCCAGCGCAGCCUCCGUCGUCGGCAGCAGCGGGAUCGCAUGCCUCAGUGCCGCGACUGGAGGGAGGUGACCACACAGGACCCUGUGAACCCCAUCGAGAGCCUGGACACCUGGACCGAGUUUGUGGAGGGGAAGAAUAAGACUGUGAGCAAGCUGGUGAUACAGGAUGCCAAUGUGUCUGCCAUGUACAAGUGUGUGGUCUUCAACAAGGUGGGCCAGGACGAGCGACUCAUCUACUUCUAUGUGACCACCAUCCCCGAUGGCUUCAGUAUAGAAUCCGAACCCACUGAGGAGCCUUUAGAGGGCCAGUCCGUGCGCCUCAGCUGCCGAGCCGACAACUACACUUACGAGCAUCUACGUUGGUAUCGCCUCAACCUGUCCACGCUGCACGAUGCGCAAGGGAACCCGCUACUGCUCGAUUGCAAGAACGUGCACCUAUUCGCCACGCCGCUGGAGGCCAAUCUGGAGGAAGCGAAACCAGGGGAGCGCCACGCCACUCUCAGCCUGAGCAUCCCCCGAGUGGCGCCCGAGCAUGAGGGCGACUACGUGUGCGAGGUGCAGGAUCGUCGCAGCCACGACAAACACUGCCACAAGAAGUACCUCUCAGUGCAGGCCUUAGAAGCUCCUCGGCUCACGCAGAACUUGACAGACCUCCUGGUGAACGUGAGUGAUUCCCUGGAAAUGAGGUGCCCGGUGGCUGGAGCGCAUAUACCCAGCAUUGUGUGGUACAAAGAUGAAAGGGUGCUGGAGAAAGAGUCUGGAAUCGACCUGGCGGACUCGAACCAGAAACUGAGCAUCCAGCGCGUGCGCGAAGAAGACGCUGGCCGCUACUUGUGCAGCGUGUGCAACGCCAAGGGCUGCGUCAACUCUUCCGCCAGCGUGGCGGUGGAAGGCUCGGAGGACAAAGGCAGCAUGGAGAUCGUGAUCCUCGUUGGCACCGGGGUCAUUGCUGUCUUUUUCUGGAUCCUCCUCCUCCUCAUCUUCUGUAACAUGCGAAGGCCGGGACAUGCAGACAUCAAGACUGGCUACCUGUCCAUCAUCAUGGACCCAGGGGAAGUGCCUCUGGAGGAACAAUGUGAAUACCUGUCCUAUGACGCCAGCCAGUGGGAGUUUCCCCGGGAGCGUCUGCACCUUGGGAGAGUCCUUGGUCAUGGAGCCUUUGGGAAGGUGGUGGAAGCCUCAGCUUUUGGCAUUAACAAAGGCAGCAGCUGUGACACCGUGGCUGUGAAAAUGCUGAAAGAGGGCGCCACAGCUAGCGAACAUCGCGCCCUGAUGUCGGAGCUCAAGAUUCUAAUCCACAUCGGUAACCACCUCAACGUGGUCAACCUCCUGGGGGCGUGUACCAAACCCAACGGGCCCCUCAUGGUGAUCGUAGAGUUCUGUAAGUACGGAAACCUCUCCAACUUCUUGCGCGCCAAGCGAGAAGCCUUCAACCCCUACGCGGAGAAGUCUCCCGAGCAGCGAAGGCGCUUCCACGCGAUGGUUGAAGGCGCCAAGGCUGACCGGAGAAGGACGGGGAGCAGCGAUCGGGCCUUGCUCACACGGCUCCUGAUGGGCAAGGGAGGGGCAGGGCGGGCUCAUCCUGUUCAAGAAGUGGAAGACCUGUGGCUGAGCCCACUGACCAUGGAAGACCUUGUCUGCUACAGCUUCCAAGUGGCUCGGGGAAUGGAGUUCCUGGCCUCCCGCAAGUGCAUCCACAGAGACCUGGCUGCACGAAACAUCUUGCUGUCAGAAAGUGACAUAGUGAAGAUCUGCGACUUUGGCCUUGCCCGGGACAUCUACAAAGACCCUGACUAUGUCCGCAAAGGCAGUGCCCGGCUGCCCCUGAAGUGGAUGGCCCCUGAGAGCAUCUUCGACAAGGUGUACACCACACAGAGUGAUGUCUGGUCCUUUGGGGUGCUGCUGUGGGAGAUCUUCUCCCUGGGGGCCUCCCCAUACCCUGGGGUGCAGAUCAACGAGGAGUUCUGCCAGCGACUGAAAGAUGGCACCCGGAUGAGGGCUCCAGAGCUGGCCUCUCCUGCCAUACGCCGCAUCAUGCUGAGUUGUUGGUCAGGAGACCCCAAAGCAAGGCCUGCUUUCUCAGAGCUGGUGGAAAUCCUGGGGGACUUGCUUCAGAGUGGGGGCCGGCAGGAGGAAGAGGAGGACUGCAUAGCCCCAUGCAGCUCUCAGAGUUCAGAGGACAGCAGCUUCCUGCAGGCAUCCACCACAGCCCUGCAUGUGGCCACUGAAGACAUGGAGGACAGCCCACCCAGCAUGCACCGUCACAGCCUGGCUGCGAGGUAUUAUAAUUGUGUGUCCUUUCCCGGGUACCUGGCCAGAGGGACUCAGACCCAGGGUGCCCCCAAGAUGAAGACCUUUGAAGAAUUCCCUAUGACCCCAACAACAUACAAAGCCUCUGUGGAUAACCAGACAGACAGUGGGAUGGUGCUGGCCUCAGAGGAAUUUGAGCGGAUAGAGAGCAGGCAUAGACAAGACAGUGGAUUCAGCUGUAAAGGACCAGGCCAGGAUGUGGAUGUGUCCAGAGCACACUCUGACCCCCAGGGGAGGCGGCGCCGGCCCAACCGGGGGCCACAAGGAAGUCGGGUGUUUUACAACAGCGAGUACGGGGAGCUUUCGCAGCCAUGCGAGGAGGGUGACUGCUCCCCUUCUGCCAGUGGGCCCUUCUUCACAGAUGACAGCUACUAAGGCAACACAGGGCAAGGCUCUCUGACCCUGGGCUCCAACAACUGGGGCAGGGAGCUUCCCUGGCUGGGCAAGCAGAGGGCUGGAGACCCAGACUGAGGAUCCAUCUUCUGUAGUUCCAGUCCUGGACAAGUCUCCUCUUCCUUCUCUACCUAGCUCAGAAGAGCAAGACUCCAGGCUCAAAGGUUCCCCUGAACUCUGUCACCAAUAUUUGUCCCAGGUCAUCUGUCAGGCACCCUUGUCUCCCUCAGAUUCAAAUGCGGUUUAGCUCAAUGUCCACAGGUGAUGGUGCUUAAGCUAGGCACUCCCAUGGAGACGGGCUUUUGAUUACCUCCUUUUGUUAAAGUUGGAGUGUAACACCGUUUUCUGAUAAAGAAUGAAUAUAUCUGAAGGUCAGACAGAGGUAGAGUUAGCCUUGAGCCAGCAUCUCCCAGACCCCACUUAAAACACUGUCACAUCCAUGUGUAGCCUUCCUUUCCCAUCAAGAAAAACUUUCUUCACCUGUCUCUCAAAGAUUGAAGAGAGAGCGCCAUGUUUUCAUCACAAAGUGACAAAGGAGGAAUGGAGGGUGGGUUUUAUCCUGAGAUGGACCAACAACUAACUAAUUAUGGGACAGCCAUCUGUACACGAUAACACGAUUAUAAAGAGUAAAAAGCAGGAUGCCCAGCCCUGAGUGUUGAGAAGAAACAUUCAACCAAACAUAUUUUUUUUCAUUAGAACUUUGGAGACUAUUAUAACUGCUGUGAAGCAUUUUCUUUGCAAAACUUCAGUCACAGGGAGCCCAGGGAUUGUCUUACUGAAUCUAGCCAAUUCUUGCUUGAACUCCAACCAAGACAGGGGCUAUCAUAGCAGAUGCUGCAGUCACCACCUGUCUCUCUUGAGAAGGCCCCAGCCCCUUACCAUCUGGCUCAGAAUCUGAAAACUCAACUGCUGUUUGGUUCUUCCCUCUGUGUCCUGGAUAUUCCUACCCCAGGUGCUCCCAAGAUGUGAACAUCCUCAUGAAAGAUGAAAACCAUGGGUUCCACUAAGGAAAGCUUUGAGGCUGGCACAGAGAACAGCAUUGUCCUGUGCCCCUCAACAAUCAAUGGAUGUUGUUGUGGCCCUGGGAGGACCCUGCCAUCUGCCUUUCCUUUGACACCUGGGCAGGUCAAACCUUUGCCCCUAAGGGAGCAGCUGAGAGACCCUUGAAGGCUGGAGCCACUCUUCCCAAACCCCUGUUCCAGCUUACAGUGCCCAUUCCACCCCCACCAAGAGAAAGACCCUCAUCUUGGUUAAUACCAUGGAAAUCAACCCUCCCAACUACUCCCCGAGCACCAUCCCAACACGACGCUUGCAGGACAGGCGGCCAUGCAGCGAGCAGGGGCUUGCUCAGCAGACCCUCCCUACAGAGUGUGUUUUUACUUUAUGAUAGGUUUGUUGAAUGCAUGUAUGACUGUAGUCCUCAUUGUCCCCCAUGGACCUCCUUCCUCUUCAUGUUACCUGACUGUGGGUCUUGGGUCCCUCUAGCUUACCCAGUGGAAGUUCAGAUACUGUUCUUUCUCAGGGGACCAAAGCCUGCAAUGUAGAUGCAGCCCUCCCCCCGUGUGUCCCACCUGUUUGUGUCACCUCCUCUCCUGUCAUGUAACUGCCCACACAAAAUGUACUGGGGAAGAACACCUGCUAUGCCCUUGUAGAUUCUCUGAAAAGAUCUAAAAUAUUUAACAAAUGAUAAUAAUAAAUUUGAUGCCAGUCUUUGAAUUACAA